CCGAGUUGCUGGUCGUGGGGCUUGAGCGUGAUGGCUCUGACUCUAGGGCUGGGGGCGGCGUGCGCUGCUGUUCCUGCCGUCGCUGCCGAGGCCUCCGUCCGCUCCUGGUCAUGAGAGGAGACAAAACCUCCAAGCAAAGAAAUCUGGAUUAGAGAAAAAGUAUUUUAAGGGCCAUGCAAGCCAACUGUAACCAACUGCACAGUCCUCCAGGAACUGCAAGUGGUGAGGAUGCCUCAGCCUCCCAGUGUACACAUACAAGAUUGACAGGAGAAGGUUCUUUUCUUGAUUCUGGAGAUGUUCAUAUCCAGAUUAACCCCAUAUCUAAAGAAUAUGUUGAAAAUCCAAGCUCCAGAAAUAUAAGGUCAGCUGUCCAUAGCUGUACCCAUGGAUGUGCACAUAGUCGUUUCCGGAGUCACUCCCACAGUGAAGCAAGGCAGCCUGAGGAUACUGCCACGGAGUCUGGAGAACAUGGAAGUAGCACCUUCUCAGAAUUCCGCUAUCUUUUCAAGUGGUUGCAGAAAAGUCUUCCAUAUAUUUUGAUUCUGGGUGUCAAACUUGUUAUGCAGCAUAUAACAGGCAUUUCUCUUGGAAUUGGGCUGCUAACAACUUUUAUGUAUGCAAACAAAAGCAUUGUAAAUCAGGUUUUUCUAAGAGAAAGAUCUUCAAAGAUUCAAUGUGCUUGGUUAUUGAUAUUCUUAGCAGGAUCAUCUGUUCUUCUGUAUUAUACCUUUCAUUCUCAGUCACUUUAUUACAGUUUAAUUUUCUUAAAUCCUACACUGGAUCACUUGAGCUUCUGGGAAGUACUUUGGAUUGUUGGAAUUACGGACUUCAUUCUAAAAUUCCUCUUCAUGGGCUUAAAAUGCCUUGUUUUAUUGGUGCCUCCUUUCAUCAUGCCUUUUAAGUCAAAGGGUUACUGGUAUAUGCUUUUAGAAGAAUUGUGUCAGUAUUACCGAACUUUUGUUCCCAUACCAGUUUGGUUUCGUUACCUUAUAAGUUAUGAGGAGUUUGGUAAUGGUACUAGAUGGAGUCUUGGGAUAUUGCUGGCUUUACUCUACCUCAUAUUAAAACUUUUGGACUUCUUUGGACAUCUGAAAACUUUCAGACAGGUUUUGCGAAUAUUUUUUACACGACCAAGUUAUGGUAUAGCUGCCAGCAAGAGACAGUGUUCAGAUGUGGAUGAUAUUUGUUCAAUAUGUCAAGCUGAAUUUCAGAAACCAAUUCUUCUCAUCUGUCAGCAUAUAUUUUGUGAAGAAUGCAUUACCUUAUGGUUCAACAGAGAGAAAACAUGUCCAUUAUGCAGAACUGUGAUUUCAGAUCGUAUAAACAAAUGGAAUGAUGGAGCCACUUCAUCACACCUUCAAAUAUAUUAAGUUGUACAACUGUUAAGGCCACAAACACUAAUUUCAUUUGGUAAUAAGUGACUAUUGAUAAAGGCAUUUGAACAGAUUUUCAGGGCUGGAAGAAAACUGUUUCCAAGUGGUUUUAGAAUAUAAUUUACAUGUGUAGUCUGGUUUAUCAAGAUCAAAUGAAAAACCCCUGUGUUUUAAAAAGUAUAUAAUAUUCAACCUAAAGAAUACACAACAUUUGUUCUAUCCUAAUUAUCUGACAGAUAAUUGCAGUGUUAAAUUGUAAAUGUGUUCUCUUGUUGAUGUUACCAAAACAGAAAUUAUAAACCGUAACUAGUAGUUUCAAAGGAAUGCAGGUGGGUUGGGGAUAUUGCCCCAGUGGUAGAGUGCUGGUCUAGCACAUGUAAGGCCCUGGAUUCGUUCCCUACCCCAGAAAGAAAAAGAAGAAAAUAGUAAUAAUAAUAAUUCAGGUAUUCUUUCCUGACAUUACAGUAUAUUUUUCACAGUAUUUUAAGAUACAUAUUAUUUGAAACAAUUUUCUUCAGCAUUGACUUUUAUAAUUCCCAUUCUAAAACUGCUUAAAAUUUUUCACGAAAUUUGUAUUUUUCAAUUAAAUUUCUAAAUGCUAUAUUUUACCUGUAAAAAUUACAUUUUCUAGAUGAAGAUUAAUUUACUGAGGAUGAUAUAUUUUAAUAUUGUAUUAUUCUCUAUAGUAUAAGUAAUCAGCAAGAAUAAAUUAUUUAAAUUCAUUAUUUGUGGACCUCAUACAUGCUUCCUACCAUCAGCUUUAAUGUUCACAAUCUUGCUUUUUGUAUAGUGCUAUUAAGUAUCUCAAAGUAACUAUUAAAAUAAUUCAUGCACUGCUCGAGGUGAAACUCAGUAGUACAGCACUUGCCUGGCAUGUGAGAGGUUUUGGAUUCAAUCCCCAGCAUCAAGCAGGGGAAAAAAAGCUUGUACUCAGGGGUGGUCAUAGCUUUGGAUAGUGUGGUUUGCCUGCCUCUAGGUAAUUUGUUCAGGGUCAUGGAAAAGAAAAUAAGGCACUUUGUCUCUCCACUUGAUACCUAAACAUUAACAGAACAAUAAAGGGCUGCUACUGGUUACAUCUACAAUUAGAGUACAAGGCUUCUGCCUAUUUCUUUAUUACUAUCCAUUUGUACACAAAGAAAGGAUGGUGGGAAGCAAAAGUUAGGAGAAAGCUGAAAACAUAUUGUAGUAUUGGUAAGACAAAGCCUAGACCAGAACAUGCAUUAAUAAAGAUAGUAGCCAAGUGAUAAUGCCUGGAGAACUACUCAAACUGACAAAGGUAACCUUUUACCCUAGGUAAACACUGCCAGGUUAUAAGAGUAACUAUUUUCUGUCUGUUUAGUCACAAUAUAUUUAAUUCUCUUUUUUACUUUGAGAAUUACCACAAAUAUUUGAGCAAGUUUAUUUGGCCUUAAAUCACCUUCCUGGCUUUGUGGCAAAGCUCAGUUGUAUUGUUUAGGUAUAUGGCAGGGAAUGGGUGAGAAAAGGAAUUUAGGAUUAAAAUUUGGCUGUGAAAAACAGCUGAAACGACUUCUAGUUCAGAACACAAGAAUAGCAUUCAGCCCUAUUUACAAUACCAUUUAACCAUACCUACUCGCCUCGUGGUUAUUCAAACAGUUUGUAUUGACUAAAUAACAACAGAAGUUUGGACAGUGGUGGGGUUCUACUACAAUGAACUGAAAACUGGGAAGAUGUAAUAAGAGAGCUAUGCCAUCUAUUAAGACAGAUGAUGAACUAGAAGCAUUUUGCUACUACUUUUUAGUCCUUUACCUCAAAGGGAACACAGCUCCAAAAACCCAAUUAUUCUGUGAAUUCAGAUCACAAUCUCCAAAAGUUAAAGAGUACCAGCAUUAAGAGAUGCUACCAUCUUUUAUAAAAAAUCAACAUGAGUGAAAACUUUCUGUAGAGGUAUUACCUAGGCAAGUGUGAUAUAAAUGUUCAUAGAAGAGAUGUGGUUUGUACAAAAUGGCCAUUUUAGAGUAGAUGUGAGACAAUUAAAACAGUUUGUGGGGCUGGAGAUGUAGUUCAAUGGGAGAGUGCUUGCCUAGCAUAUCUAAGGCCCUGGGUUCAAUCUCUAGCGAAGAAAAACAGAUUUGUGCACAUCAAACUAUCAAAUGUAGCCCGGUUGGACUGAGGAUGUGGCUCAGUAAUGGAGUGCUUGCCUAGCAUGCAACAGGCCCUGGGCUUGAUUCCAGCACUGCAAAUGUUGCCAAGAAGCUGGGUGCAGUGGCACAUGCCAGUAAUCCCAGCUACUGAGGUAGCUAAGGCAGGAGGACUGUAAGCUGGAGACCAGCUGGGGGCAACACAGAUUCGGUCUCCAAAAGAUAAAUAUGGCUAAACAAAGAAGAUAUUUUGUUUGAGGGGAAAAAACUCAUAACUUGUUGCAUGAAUUUUUUUAAAAAGCAAACAAUUCUAGUUCUUCUACUUGAUACAAUUUGAAAAUAAAAGAUGUGUAACAUCCAAUAUAUAAAAUCAAUACUAAAGCUUGUUAUAUAUUUAAAUAGCUUCUAUUCUCAGCAGAAACAGUUUUACAACUGCUAUUCCUUACGUACAUUAAUAGUUUAUUAAAUAUGAGCACAUGAA